AUGGCUUCAAAUCAGGGUGCCAAGUUCACACUCCAUUGGCUUGAACGCUCUCGGGCGCAACGCAUUAUGUGGAUCAUGGAAGAACUGAAUCUUUCAUAUGAGAUCAAGACGUACAAGCGAAGUGCUACGGGCACUGCGCCGCCUGAACUCAAACGCGUACAUCCCUUGGGCAAAUCACCGCUCUUGGAAGUGCACCCGCCCAGCGCACAGGCGAUCACCCUCGCAGAGUCAGGACCCAUCAUGGAGUACCUACUGGAUCACUAUGGCGACGAGAAGCUUACCCCGAGGAAAUUCGUAACUGGCAAAGAAAAUCAAGUUGGAGGGGAGACCGAAUCUUGGCUGCGGUAUCGAUAUUUCAUGCACUACGCCGAAGGCAGCUUGAUGUCGCCCAUCCAGGUGCAGCUGAUCAUGAAUGCUCUCAAAGGACCGGCCGUUCCCUUCUAUGUCAGGCCCAUCACCGGACUAGUUGCCACUAAACUCGGCACUGAGUUUCUGGAUGAAGAGAUCAAGACGCACUUCGACUUUCUCGAGCAGCAACUGGGCUCAGCACCUGAUGGUGGCCCUUUUCUCUGCGGAUCUGAUCUGACUGCUGCAGAUAUUCAGAUGAGCAUCCCGAUCAUUAUUGCAUUCACUCAGCAGAUUAUCGACAAGAGUCAAUAUCCAGCCCUCGACAAAUAUGCACAACGAUUACAGACCUCGACUGGAUACCAAAAGGCGGUGCAAAGAAUUGAAGACAUUCAAGGAACGAAAUUUGUUCCGAUAUAG